CUAAGCAAACUGGAAGUCUUGCUGCAACGUGCCAAAUCAAAUACUGAACAUAUUCAUCAACACACUCACCAAUCAACACAAAAAUACACAAGCAAAAUAUUCAAGAUUAUUCAAGGUUUGUUGGGCGACUGCCGAAUUGCAUUGAGAACAGAGAAAAAAAGAUCGGAGAUUGCCUAAAAAGCGACAAAGUUUAAUGAACGUUGCGAAGGUCAACGGUGCGUAUACUUCAUUAGCGAUUAACCAAGGGAGGUGCACAAAAAAAUGGGUGAGAAAAGGAAUGAAAGGAGACCGCAAAUGACCCAAGGAAGGGGGCGGGGAAGGAGGAAACCCCGUGGAGGUCGCGUGGCUAAUCGACUCGGCCAUAUGUUAGCGUGGAUUAUGGCCCGCUAACUGGUUUCUGAUAUUUAUUGCCAUGCAUCCCCAUUUGCAUGCUGCCCUUAGAAGGCCAGCCAACCCAUCACCCCCUUUCAACACUGAGUUUGUCCCGCAGGAAGCUUUUCAUUUCCGCUGCUGUCGGAAUUUUUAAAAUCUAUGAGUGUCCAAUGCAAAGCAGGAGGAAUUCCCAUUAAAAACAGGCAAUAGGUGCAAAUUACAAGACAAAAAGGUAAGCGACAAAAGAGCGGCAAAACAAAGAAUUACCCAAAAAAUAAGCGGAAGUGGAGUUAAAUAAACUGCUGAAAAUGGUAAAAUGAUUCUCGCACAGGAAAUAGAAUUCUGCGGACGUCGCGGUAAUUCUUUAUUUAUUUUUUAAACAAGAAACUAACAUGAAUUACGGCUUAAAUGAGAAUUGUACUUCCUAGGAUUUUAAAUCAGGCGCGUUGAAGAGGCGCCCUCUAUACGAAAAGCCUAGAAGUAUGCUAAGCUAAAGGCCACAAAGCGCCAGCUGGCGGAAUAAAAGGAAACUUGUCAAGAGUUUUUGCUCAUAAAUGCGUUACAUAUAAAGCCGAUUUCCUAACGCCUUUUGCCGGUAGUGGGAGCCAAAAACCGUGAAAGAAAAUCAAAAAUAAGUUAAAGAAUCAAAUAUAGCUCAAAAAUACAUGCAAAUAUUGUGAAAAAUGUUCAUUUUAAACCUAUAUAUGCGUUUGUAUCGUAAAAAUCUCCGACGCUGUCGACUGGAGAAACCCUAUUGGAAUUCCAAUAAGAAACGUGCGUAAAUGUUUCGGCGUUUUUGUUUUGAUUCUUAUCAGACUGCGAAACAGACAGCAAAGCAUGUGGGGCGAUGAACAACCGACUACAAAACAAACUGGAAAGAGCGGAAGAGAGCAUUGCGCGCGCUCCAAUAAGAGCGCCCUCUCUCGGCUUCGGCUCUCUUCUCCCCAAUUGGAGCUUUCGUUUCGGUUUCGGUUUCGUUUUGCAUUUCAUUCGUGAGCGAGCGCUAAAGUAAAAAAAGUAAAGCAGCUGCUGGGGCCAUUCACAGUAGCACGCAGAAGUUUGCUUCGAACGGACGUCUCCAAGAACGCCCCGCAUGCCACGCCCCCACUCGAAAGGCUUUUGGCAAAAAACUCGCGACUGCAUUGAAAACAAAUAGCAAUAUCAAGAGCAAAACACUGAUCAGAUAUUGAUGGGAUUCGAGAUCGAGUUGGAGAUUACUGCCCCGUUGCAUUCCAAUCGGAAAUCCACUUCCAUUCCGCUUCGAAACCGCGCGCGUUUUUCGCCGCGCCGAUCGUUAAAAAUUCAUUAAGGCUUGUUAAUCGCCGCCAAUAAUACAAAUAAUACAAAUAGUCCGAGUAAUCGCAUUGAUUGCCCAUAAUUGAUACUCGCCGUGUGUGUGAGGGAGUGAGUGCCUGUGUGUGAGUGCGAUCGCAUCCGCCGGUAAAUGUGCGCGAAAAGGGAAACGGAUCUGGAUCUUCCGCAGACUUGAUGCCGACGUAGCUGAAGAUAAAUCUCCAGUCCCGCAGCUGGACUCGAAAUGUCACGACGCAAACAGUCCAACCCCAAGCCGUUGAAUAAAGGUGAUUGUUCCGAUACCACAGAAGAGAUGACCGUCGACAGCAGAGAUUCCAAAGAUCUGGCAGCUCAGGAGAUGGGCGAAGAGAAGCAGCAGCAAAUGGAGGAUCAACUAGAGGAUCAGAUGGAGGAUUCCAGAGACCCCCAGGAGAACAACAAUAACAAUAUUGAUGACGACGAUGAAGAUGGUGCCUUCGAGCAGCCAGAAGAGACUAAUCCCGAGCAGGAUCUGGACUUGGGAGAGACAGAGAUGGAACAGGAUCACGAUCUUCAGCCGGAGGAGCAGAUUGAACUGCCUGCCAACAGUCCCAGCACUCCGCCCAGGAGUCCCAGCUCGCCGCAGUUGAUUCCCAAGCUGGAACAGCCCGCCACGCCGCCCUCGGAGGCGGAACCCUCUCCGUGUCCCUCGCCCUGUCCCCCUACGCCCACGCCCAAGUUCCCCAAGGUGCGUCUGAAUGCACUCCUGGCCUCGGAUCCUGCUCUCAAGCCGGAUGCCAAGGAGCUGACGCUGCCGGACUCACGGCUGCUGGCCCCUCCGCCGCUCGUCAAGCCGGAAACCCAAGCCCAACCGGAGGAACCCCAUCUAAAGCCAGCCAGAUUCAUGUGCCUGCCCUGCGGAAUCGCCUUUAGUUCGCCCUCAACGCUAGAAGCCCAUCAGGCCUACUAUUGCUCUCAUAGGAUUAAGGAGACGGAAGAGGCGGGCAGUGAUAAAUCUGGAGCAGGAGGAUCUGCAGCCACGAGUGGCGAGGUGGGUUUAUCCGGAGGCUCUACCGAGCCACCAGCCAAAAUGGCCAGGACAGGAAAGCAAUACGGCUGCUCCCAGUGCUCCUACAGUGCGGACAAGAAGGUGUCCCUAAAUCGCCACAUGCGGAUGCACCAGACCUCGCCGGCGGCUCCCACACUGGCCAGUUUGCCAAGUCUCCUCCAGAACGGAAUACCACCGCCGGGUGUUACACCAAGUUCACUGGAGGAUAGCUCUAGUCAACAGCAAACAGAUCGCUACUGCAGCCACUGUGAUAUCCGGUUCAACAACAUCAAGACCUAUCGGGCGCACAAGCAGCACUACUGCAGUUCCCGGCGACCGGAGGGACAGCUCACGCCCAAACCAGAUGCAUCUCCGGGUGCGGGAUCAGUAGGACCCGGUUCCUCGGGACCCGGAGGCUCUGGAGGAGUGUCUGCCCAGGCAGCUGCGCCCGGAAAGCUCAGUCCACAGGCCAGGAACAAGACCCCAACUCCGGCGAUGGUCGCUGUGGCGGCUGCAGCGGCGGCGGCAGCUGCCUCCCUCCAGGCCACGCCCCAUUCGCACCCACCCUUCCUGGCACUGCCCACGCACCCGAUCAUCAUUGUGCCCUGCUCGCUAAUUCGGGCGGCCAGCUUUAUUCCAGGACCACUGCCCACUCCGAACUCGGGAAUUGUGAAUCCAGAGACCACCUGCUUCACCGUGGACAAUGGAACGAUCAAGCCCCUGGCCACUGCCCUCAUCGGUGCUUCUCUGGAGCCCGAACGUCCCUCAGCUCCCUCUUCGGCUGCUGAGGCCACAGAGCCCAAGAGCAGUCCACCGGAACCCAAGCGAAAGGAGGCAGGAGGAAGUCGCGAAUCUGCGCCUUUGGAUCUCUCGCUGCGUCGAUCGCCCAUCUCCCUUAAUUCCCUGGCCUUGCGACAGCGCCAACUGCGCAAUGCACUGCUCGAUGUGGAGGAGGUCCUUCUCGCCGGCGGAGGAGUGAGUGUCAAGGACAACGCGGAGACUCCGCGAGGAGGCGGAAGUGUAACGCCCGAGCAGAUUGUGUGCGCCCCCUCCCUGCCGAGCAGUCCUUCGAUGAGUCCCUCGCCCAAGCGACGAGCCAUUAGUCCACGCAGUUCCGGGGCUGGCAGUGCCUCCUCCAUGUCGCCACCUGGUCUCAAUGUGGCUGUGCCCCACAUGCUCGACAUGCGCUCCAUGCUGCCGGCGGACUUUGGGCUCUCCGAAUCGCUGCUGGCCAAAACCAAUCCGGAACUGGCUCUCAAACUGGCGGCAGCAGCUGCAGCGGCUGCUGUCGCGGGCAGCAGUGGGGCAGCAGCCUUUCCGCCAUCACCCCUUCCUGCCCAGACAAGUGGCGGAAAUCCUGGCGGCGGAGGAGCAGCAGGUGGCGCCCAACAGCCGCAAAUUUACGUGAAGAAGGGCGUGUCCAAGUGCAUGGAGUGCAAUAUUGUGUUUUGCAAGUACGAGAACUAUUUGGCCCACAAGCAGCAUUAUUGCUCGGCUCGGAGUCAGGAAGGAACGGGUGAAGUGGAUGUCAAGUCGGCCGUUUCACCAUCCAAUCCAGGAGCUGGAGGACUGGGAGCUGGCGGGUCAGAGGCAGCUUCGUCAGUCGAAACCACUCCGGUGGCCUAUCAACAGCUGAUCUGCGCCGCCUGUGGCAUCAAGUACACCUCCCUGGACAACCUGCGGGCCCAUCAGAACUACUACUGCCCCAAGGGAGGAGCAGCUGCUGCCCCCGCCGCGACGCCCUCAGAUCCUGGGCAACUGGCCCUGGUCAAGGAGAAGUGCGGAAAGUGCAAGACCCUGCACGAGAUUGGGCUACCCUGUCCACCGCCAGUCACAAGUCCCCUCGCCGCACCCACCACCAAUUCCCAGCCCGCCUCCAACAGCCUGAACAAGUGUCCUGUGUGCGGAGUAGUCAGUCCCACGGCGGCGAUGGCCAAGAAGCACAUGGAGAUGCACGGCACGGUGAAGGCCUACCGCUGCAGCAUCUGCCAGUACAAGGGGAACACCCUUCGCGGCAUGCGCACUCACAUUCGCACCCAUUUCGACAAGAAGACCAGCGAUGUGAACGAGGAGCACUACAUGACCUGCAUCUUCGAGGAGGAGGGUUCCACGCUGACCCAAGAGCUGUCUCCUGCACCUGGAGCACCUGCAACAGUUGCCCACGAUUCCAUGGACCAUCCCUCACAGAUGUUCAACUGCGAUUAUUGCAACUAUGCCUCCACCUACAAGGGCAAUGUGCUGCGCCACAUGAAGCUGCUGCAUCCGCAUGUUCCCAUCAACUCACCUUCGAUUUCCCCCGACACCAGAGAUCAGGACGUGACCUCGAACCCCACUCCCAACCAACACUCGAAUUCCGAUGGUUCAAACGGUGAGGCAGCCAGCUUCCACAUCAAGUCGGAGCCCCUGGAUAAUCCGCCGACGCUGAGCCUGGUGCACGAGAACAACAACUCGCCGAUUUCAACGCCCCACAUCAAGGCUGAGCCAAUGGAGAUCGGUACGGAUGUGGCGCCUGGUGGGCUGGUUCCGCCGAUGGCUUCUCCUCUGGGAAACAGCAGCGUGGCCGCCACAGCAGCUGCCGUUGCCGCCGCCGAGGUGAUGAAGAAGUACUGCUCGACCUGCGACAUAUCCUUCCAAUACGUGAAGACAUACCUGGCCCACAAGCAGUUCUACUGCAAGAACAAGCCGAUUCGCCCGGAGGCGAGCGAUAGCCCCAGUCCGAAUCACCUGGGCGGGGGCGUGGCCGUGGGCUUGGGCAUCGGCGGGAUCGUGGCUGGACAUGGCCAGCAGAAGAACAAGGAGAACCUGCAGGAGGCGGCCAUUUGAGAGAGCCAGCUGCGGUGGGAGGCGCAGCGCAAGCAGCUGGAAUGGUAUUACACCUGCUUCUGAGCGGCGGCGACCGAACGUAAUCGAAUCCUAAGCAUAGUCUCCUCCAUCAACGUGUAAACUAUUCAAUUCGCAACCUGUAAUGGACGACAGUAUUCCCGGAGAAUCUCCCUGUCGCUGCCCUCCACUUCCAAACGCCACUUGGGGACUGACUCCAUCGACUUACCGAUCGAUAGCAGUAUAUAUAAAAAACGUACACGCAUAUAUAGUACACCUAAAGACAUAAAUAUAUAGAUUACCUAGAUAUAUGUAGGACGCAAACCCAUGAAGUGGGAACCAUGACAUAUAAUGCAUGCCAAAGCUUACCACUUAGACAGAAACUAAAUCGAGGGCAAGAAACUACAAGUUUGCAAUGGAUGGCGGAGAAGAAGGAGGCGAAGUAUUCCUAUGUAGAUCCAAUAUUAUUAUGUAAAUGGCUCGCUGUUCCACGUAAAAGCGAGCGAUUCCAACUGUGUAAUUUAACUGAGUACAUUAUUUAUUAAGUGUGUGCGACAAUAAAAGUAA